GGUUGCGCUUAGACGGCCGUAUUGUGUUAUUUGAUAAGGGCCCUUCGGAGGAACUAGGAGGGCACAAUCGAGCCAGAGGGUGGGUUGCCCGGAUUUCGAAACAUACCGAGAUGAGAAGACAGUGAAUGCUGAAUGAAACCUAUCUUUACUGUGUUUAAUCUUGUGGCAUCUUCUCAAGAUAUUGCUCACACAGGACUCGAGUUAAUGGUCGCCAUGUUCACAGAAGUCGGACAGCAACAUGGUGCAUGCGCAACGCUCGCGGGUCCUCCAACUACCUUCAUUCACGCCCAUCGGCUCGGAGACAACAGACAUUGCAAGUGGAUGUUUUCCUAAAAUAAAAUCACAACACCAUCUGACGGCGAUACUUGAUUAAUCAGUACCUGGAUAUUGUCGGCCUUGAAUGAUAUCCUGAGGGUGAGCAUUUGUACUUGGAAAUCUUGUACUUCGAGUCAAGAUGUGAAUCUUGAAAUUCACUUGGACCUGACUAUCAUCAGCCAUUGAGUCCUUCUAAAGUUAAAUGGAAAAGUACCGAGACACAGAGCUAAAUGAGUUUAAUCGUCCAUGAUUAUGGAAACAGCUUAAACUGAAAAAUCAUUGCACAUUUACAGUGGGGAAAGACUGUACACAUGUUUGUAUGCAAGAGGCUGGAACUGGCUGUCAUGGAGAAACCAUGGAAAUGUGGAGAUUGUGCAAAGGGAUUCCGGUGCCCAUCUGAGCUGGAAACCCAUCGCCUCAGUCACACGGGGAAGAAACCGUUCACCUGCUCCGACUGUGGGAAGGGAUUCACCAAGUCAUCCAACCUGAAAUCACAUGAGAGAGUUCACACUGGGGAGAGGCCGUUCAUCUGCUCUGAAUGUGGGAAGGGAUUCACUCGGUCAUGUCACUUACUGACACACCAACCAGUUCACACCGGGGAGCGGCCAUUCACCUGCUGUGUGUGUGGGAAGAGAUUCACCAAGUCAUCCAACCUGAGGACGCACCAGCGAGUACACACUGGGGAGAGGCCUUUUAUCUGCUCUGAGUGUGGAAAGGGAUUUAGUGAUUCAUCCACUCUGCUCACACACCGGAGAGUUCACCUAGGGGAGAGACCAUUCACCUGCUUCGAGUGUGGGAAGGGAUUCACUCGGUCAUCCUACCUGCUGACACAUCAGCGAGUACACACUGGGGAAAGGCCAUUUGUUUGCUGCAUGUGUGGGAAGGGAUUCACUCUGUUAUCCAUCCUGCAGACACACCAGCGAGUUCACAAGGGAUCACACGGAUUGGAUUCUGCUGCUCUUUCUUUUGCUAAUCAUGUCCAGGACUGAAUCUU